AUGAGUACAAGAUUCAGUUCACCAGUUUUUAUGGACACAUGUAAUCAUUAUAGUCGUAAAGAUCGAAAAUAUCGAAAGAAUAUCUUUGAAGUAAGAGUUGAUGAACCAAUUGAUGUAGAAAUGAAAAAUCAUCCAGUUUACAACAUUGAUCCUGGUGGAUGUAGUAGUACAGUCGAUGAGAGCGUAACGAAUGAUUCAUACAAUAAACCAUGGGAAUCUAGCAAUACAAAUACAGGGCAUUAUCCAUAUCAUUGUGACACGGAUCUGGAAGUAUGCAGUCAAUCAAACUAUAUUGAUGUAUAUAAUAAUAAUAAUUGUGAUUACAAAAAACUGCCACAUAAUACGUCAACGGAAUUUAAACACUUUCUUGCUCCUCCACCUCAGGAAUGUACACAAAGAAGAACAUCACUUCAUGGUAAAACAAUAACAAUACGUAUAAGUCGUAAUGAAACCAGAUAUCGCAAGUUGCAAGCUAAAAUUUAUAAUUUUCUUGAAAGACCGAAAACAUGGCCCUCUGUAAUAUAUCAUGUGUUU